AUGGAAAUCAUGGCUUACAUACCUAUAGGUGACUUUGUGCGAAUAAGUCAUCAGGAAGUUUCCUGUAGUCAUCCUGAUUCUAUCAAGGCAAUUCUCGCACCGCCACAUCGCAAGGCCAACUGGUACCAGGCCCUGGCAGUUCCAGACAAGUUUCACCAAACACCCAUGUCUGAGUGUGAUCCAAAGCGACAUCGUGAACGCUCGUCCAUCACGGCCAGUAGUUAUACACUAUCCUACUUGAUUCAAUCUGAAGGUCGGGUCGACAAGUGCAUCCAGGAAUUGCAGCAACAGCUCAUGCGCUUAUCAAAAACCGGAAAUGCGAUCCACUUUGAUCACUGGCUCAACUACGUUGCGUUUGAUAUAAUAGGCGAACUUACGUUUUCAAAGAAUUUCGGAUUCGUUCGCGAAGGCGCGGAUAUUGAUAAUUCAAUUGGUAGCAUGCGGUUUUUGAUGAUUUAUCAAGCCAUUAUGGGUUACAUGUAUUGGCUUCACCCAUUUAUACUUCACAGCCCACUCGCAGGAUACUUUGGACUUAAGCCUCACGCGCAUAUUUUCCACACUGUUUCAGCAGCCGUUCAGGAAAGAAAGGACGACAAGUCUUCCAACGUUGACAUGGUAUCCCAAUGGGUUGCUAACCACAAGAAAUGGCCCACUCGAAUGGAAGAGAGAGAAAUACUAGCUGUGUCAGGCAUGACCACGAUUGCUGGAUCCGAGACAAUGACUGGAGCAUUGGAAAGCUUUUUCUAUUUUGUCCUUAAAAACCCUGCAUGCAUGUCAAAGCUCAAAGAGGAACUGAAGGAAGCUCGAUUGGCGGGGAAACUUUCUUCUAUCGUCAAACAUGAAGAGGCAAAACAGUUGCAAUAUCUUCAAGCUUGUGUGAGUAUCAAAGAAUCAUUGAGAUACUUUGCUCCAGUUCCGUUUGGUCUGCCUCGUGUAGUCCCAGAAGAUGGUUUAAAACUUGGUGAUAAUUUCUUCGAACCAGGAACUAUUCUAUCUGUGAACCCUUUUAUAAUCCAGAGGGACUCACGUUAUUUUGGACAUGACGCCGACGUGUUUCGUCCCGAAAGGUGGUUCCGUGCCGAAGCAACAGAGUAUGAGAAGUAUCUAAUUACUUUCGGUAUUGGAUAUAAUGGCUGUCCAGGAAAACAGUUCGCAUUUGCGGAAAUAGGGAAGAUCACUGCCACGGUUCUUCGAGAUUUUGACUUUGAAUUGGAACACCCGGAUGCCGAAUGGGAUCAUCGCAGUCACUUUACUAUUGCGCAGCAGAAUUGGCCUGUCAGAAUCCGUCUUGCAAUUGAAGUAUAA